GUUUUUAUCUUCUCAUUCUCAAUUCACUUUAAUUACAACUUGACUUGUAUCUCGUGACGAAUUCUCGAUUUUCAUACACAUACACAUACACAUACACAAACUCAAUCUAAAUCUUCAUACCACACCACGCUAACUACCAACCAUGUCUCCCUCAACCCAAUUCAUCGAUCUCCUCAAGGCUCGUCGUACCAUCUACGCUCUCAGCAACACAUCCACCAUCCCCGAUAGCAAGAUUCAAGAGAUUGUCGAGCAAGCCGUUUUACACGUUCCUUCCUCGUUCAACUCGCAAAGUACUCGGGUGGUUUUGUUGCUCAAGGGUGAGCAUGAGAAGCUUUGGGACAUUACCAAGGAGGUUUUGAAGGGUGUUGUGCCCGCGGAACAGUUUGAGGGAACGGCGAAGAAAAUUGAUGGAUUCAGAGCGGGUUACGGAACUGUCCUCUUCUUUGAGGAUAGAAAGGUCGUCUCUGGAAUGCAAUCCGCAUACACUUCGUACGCAGAUAAAUUCCCCAUGUGGGCUAGUCAAAGUGAUGCCAUGACUCAGUAUGCCAUCUGGGUUGCUUUGGAAGCUGAGGGAUUGGGCGCAAACUUGCAACAUUAUUCCCCUUUGAUUGAUGCUAAGGUUGCUUCUGAAUGGAACAUCCCAGCUGAUUGGGAACUCAACGCUCAACUUGUUUUCGGUACUCCUGUUGCCGGAGCUGGAGAGAAGACCUUCCAGCCUCUUGAGGAGAGAUUCAAGGUUUAUGGUGCUUAGAUGUGAUUUGCGGAUAUAGUAAUGAUGGUGGGGAAAAAGAGUUCAGGAGCAGUGCAUUUACGAUAGAGAGAAGCGCUAUGAUUUUGCAAGUUGCGAAGGAAGAACGGCGGAUAAGGGAGAUACAGAUAAACUGAUUAUACCAUUACUGAUACGAAAAUAGAAUGGUUUAGGGAGAUAGAUUAGAUGAAUGAUACCAUAUGAUAUGAAAAUCAAUCUUUUCAA